AUGGAGAAUUGCUUUUGGAAAAGGCAAGGUCUGUAUGUCCUUCUCUCUUUUUCAUUCCUUAGAGUAAUGUGUGCUUCAAUUCGCUUUUCUGUCCCUGAGGAAAAGAAAAAGGGGUUUCUGGUGGCUAAUGUGCUCAAAGAAUUGAAACUGAAAACAGGGGAGCUUAUCACACGCGAAGCAUAUUUAGUUGCUGAGGGCACUCAGGAAUACUUCCACCUUGAUAUUCAAACUGGGAAUCUGUUGAUUAAUGAUAAAAUAGACAGAGAAGCUUUAUGUGGCCAGAAUGAUCCUUGUCUACUUCUUUCUCAGCUUGUUUUGGAAAACCCCUUAGAUAUGUUUAACCUUGAAAUCAAGAUAGAAGAUGUGAAUGACAAUGCACCCAAAUUUUGGAAAAACAAUGUGGAGGUAGACAUUCUUGAGACUGUUCCUAAAAGUACAACGUUCCCUUUGGAACCUGCCCAAGAUGAGGACUUGGGAGAAAAUAGCAUCCAAAAUUAUACUCUUAGUCCCAAUGAGCAUUUUCACCUGGAAGUACAUAAGAAUGAAGACGGGAAUAACAAUAUAUAUCUUGUUUUGAAGAAAACAUUAGAUAGGGAGAGGAUGCCAUAUCUUCAAUUGAUUCUAUUGGCUAUUGAUGGAGGAGUUCCAAAGAAAACCGGCACAGUUCAAAUUAAUAUUAAUGUUCUAGAUAAUAAUGAUAACUUUCCUCUGUUUAGUAAGUCUGAAUAUAAGGCAAGAAUAAAGGAGAAUCUCCCUGAGGGCACCCUUGUGAUUAAAAUGGAAGCUACAGAUCUGGAUUUGGGUUCAAAUGCGCAAAUCCUCUACUCGUUCCAUCAGGUGCCUGAAAGAAUAAACAAUUUGUUUUAUUUAAAUGAAAUCACUGGUGAAAUAACUGUUUGGGGACAAAUUGAUUAUGAGAAAGAAAAGAGUUAUAUCAUGAGCAUCAGAGCAACAGAUGGAGGGGGUCUUUCAGGGCACUGCAAGAUACUGAUAGAGGUUGAAGAUGAGAAUGACAAUCCCCCAGAAGUGUCAAUUAUAUCUCUGAUCAGCACUUUAAAGGAGGACUCUCUCCCGGACACAAUAGUGGCCCUCUUAAGUGUGAGAGACCAAGAUUCUGGAGACAACAGCAAAACGGUCUGCUCCGUGCAGAUGAAUCUCCCUUUUGUGCUGGAAGCCACUACAAACAACUUUUAUCAGCUUGUGCUCCAAAGUCCCCUAGACAGAGAGACGGUCACUGAAUACAACAUCACCAUCACUGCCAUUGAUUGGGGAGCUCCUAGGCUCACUUCAACAAGAUUGAUUAAUGUUCAGAUCUCCGAUGUCAAUGAUAAUUCUCCCCUUUUUGAAAAGUCUUCAUAUGACAUGCAAAUCAGAGAGAAUAAUAUUCCAGGCUUGCUCAUUGGCUCAGUCCAUGCUCUGGAUCUGGACACAACGCUGAAUGCUAAAGUGAAUUACUUAGUUCUGCCGGGGAAGGGUGAUGGCAUAGUGACUACUUACAUCUCAAUCAACUCUGAAACUGGAAACAUGUAUGCCCUCCGAUCCCUGGACUAUGAGCAGAUAAGAGGCUUCAGAGUCACUGUGAGGGCAUCUGAUGGUGGUUCUCCUUCCCUAAGCUCAGAAGUGAUUGUCCGAAUCCACAUAAUAGAUGAGAAUGACAAUGCUCCCUUCUUCCUGUAUCCCCUCCAGAACAACACAUCCCCAUGCAAUGAGCUGCUUCCCAAGUCAGCCGAGGCCGGCUAUCUGGUCACCAAAGUGGUUGCAGUGGACGCAGAUUCUGGCCAGAACUCCUGGCUUUCCUAUGAAUUGCUGAAGGCCACAGACCCAGCCCUUUUCAGCAUAGGAGCGCAGAAUGGGGAAGUGAAAACCAGGAGAGUCCUGAAUGAGCGAGACACAAGUAAGCAGAGGCUGGUGAUACUGGUCAGAGACAAUGGCCUUCCUCCACAGACCAGCACGGCGUUGCUUAAUGUUCUUCUUGUGGAUGGCUUUUCGGAUCCCUUCCUGAGGAGGGUGGAUGUCAGUGUGCAAGAACCGGAAGAAGAUAAAACCUUGACCAAGUACCUGAUGAUCUGCUUGGCUGCAGUCUCCUUUGUGUUCCUGGUCUGCAUUGUUGUGUUUAUUAUGGUCAAAAUCUUCAAGAAGGACACCCAAAGCCAUUUUACUGCAGCUGUUCCUCACUUCCCACCUGCCGGUUCUGAUACUCCAGGGAAUUGUGCUGAUUCACAGAAUGGGUCUCUUUCCCGGACUUACCGUUAUGAUGUUUGUUUGACUGGUGGAUCCUUAAGUAGCGAGUUCCGAUUUCUCAGGCCUCUCUUUCCUGUCUUUUCGGUGGGAGAUGUUAACGUCCCAGGGAACAGUAGUAUUUCUGCAGGCAUCCAAGAUAGUUCUGAGCAGGUUGCAGUAAAUGGCGCAAAGAAAGAGGGCAAAGUUCCUGUGUCUGAAGAUCCUGCUGCUAAAUCUGGAGGCCCAAGUUGUACUGUAAAUCAAGCAAUAGGUGCAAAUAUGAACUCUGGUCAAAGUGACUGGCUUUCCUAUCACUAGAUGACAAUUACCAACUCCAGCCAUCAUUCUGUCUCUGUCAGAAGAUACAUGCAAGAAACGUCUAGCCUGAAAAGAAUGGAUCCUCUGCAUAAAAGAACAUCAGAGACGAACUUUGAAAACUCUUUUAAACAAGCCAGAUUGAAAAUAACCAGAAUACCCUUAUGCUGUUCCUAUCACUUUGACCGUAUUUGUGUGGAGUGAUAUACAAAUGGAUUAUAUGCAUACAUUUUACCUAAUAUGUAAUUGAUUUGUUAUUUUUGCUUUGUAGAAUUUUACAAUAGGCUACUGCUUUUUUUGACCCAGCUGCAUGUUUAUCAUGAUGAUUCUUCUUUGAUUUAUGAUUUAUGAGAUUAUGCUGCUCUCCAUAAAACAUUUUAAAUAGUUAUAUUAAUUAUUCGGACAUUUUAUUCAUUUAAAUAAUAAAAUGCACCUACUUAAAUUUCUAAUAACAAAAGUGAUUAGGUGCUUAAUUAGAAAAAAAAGAGAACUAUGAUCCUAAAGAUCCUAAUGAUGGUGCACAUCAUAUCCUCUGUGUAUCUAAGUCCUCAGUUACAUCAUUAUCUCAGGUUAUGCUUGAAAUAGUGAUUUUCACAAUACCCAAACACUACAUGCGCACGUCUACAUGCAAAAUGGAAUUUCAGGAAUAAACAAUUAUUCUGGAUUUCUAUCACAGUGUACAGUAUUACAUAUUGUACAUUCAUAUACACACACAUACAUGCAUGCAUACAUACACGCAUAAUAUACUGCAAGGUAACUAAUUCUCCUUUGGAAAAAAUGGAAUGAACUAUGCACAAUUUGAAAAGAGUGCUGUGCCCUCAGUGUCAUUAUAGUCAAGAGGACCACAUAAGCUCCCUCAGUCAGGGGUGAAAUUUGACUGGUUCAGACUGGUUUGGGUGAACUGGCAGGGAUGGUUUGAAUUGGUUCACUGAACCAGUAAAAACCACCCAUGGUCGGCCCACCCACGCCCGCCACUUGCUGCUCACCUCUUCUGGAUGCUCGGCCCGCCCACCCAUCCACCCCUGCCCUAUGUAUGUUCCCUUUGCCACGCAGCCCAGCUAAUUGCCUCGCCAACGCAUGCUCAGCUCAGUGCCUCACUCAGUUGCCUCAUUGGUACCUGCUCAGCAUUUCGCUCAGUCACCUUGCCAACGCACACUCAAAGGUAAGCAGUGCCAGUUACUGCCUACCAUGCCCCCCCCAUCCCUGGCCUCACGUAGUUCACAAAGCCACUGCCACUGGGGAUCGGUUGCAGCAGCCUAGUGUGCUGUGGCCACCUGUCCCCAGCCAGGUCAGGGAAUGCACCAUUCCCCACCUCUGGCAUUGCCCCAGAGCUGCUGCCUGCUCACCACCCGCUCACUACCCACCUUGGCCAGGGCGGGGAAUGUGCCAUUCCUGGCUCUGACCUUGAUCCUGAGCCACCGCCCGCUCACUGUCUGCCUCACUCACCUACCUUUGCACUUUAGUGGGGAGGACACCAUGAGGCUAAUCCUCGUUUCGCACUGAGAAGCAUUCAGCCUCCGGCAGUCGUUUUCAGCUGCCUUCUGAACAGCUACGCUGCGAUGCCAUCCCUCUGGUUGCUUCCGUUCUCCUGCUCAGGUCUGGCUGCAAGUGGCACUGGCAGGCAAUUGAGUGCACAUGUGCAGCUGCCACCCUGUUCAGGUUGAAUGCUAGAAAACUUGGCCAGCUGAACCUUUCUGUCUGUUUUAUGGGCAUGGCUUGGUGGGCAUGGCUUGGUGGGUUUAUGUGAGUGACGUAAAGUUGUCCAUGCCCACUCAGUCACAUGGCACCCCCACCAAGCCAUGCCCACCAAGCCAAGCCCAGAGAACCAAUAGGGGGGGAAUUUCACCACUGCCCUCAGUCCUUUGCUGCCCUUUAAGAUCUAUUUACUUCUGUU